AUGUCUUAAUUUCGUUAAUCCAGAGUGAUAAUAGAUGAUAACAACCCGCCCCCUCCUUAUAUGAAGCAGCUGCCUUAGCUUAAAAUGCCAUUCUCUCACAUUAUUGAGAUGAUGAACAAGAAGACCUAGAAACGAAGAGUGCUUGCCUGCGACAGUGCCGCCUAAGCAGAGGAAUAUGUCAACCUCAUGAACCUAGUCAACUCCUACUUGAACUACGAACUGCUCUUCACUCAAGACGAUUCUACUUAUCAAGAAGCUAAUAAGAAGGAAAAAGAUGAGAAGCACAAGACCAGUGAGAAUGACCAAACCAAUCAAAGCAACAUUCAACAGCCCAGAAAGAGUGGUCCUAUUUUCAUUACAAACUGGGUGCAGAGUUAUAACCAACACAAUGGCACUCUUGAGUUUAAAGAGGAAGUAUUCGACCCUGAGAACUUCCCCUAUUUGCUAUCCUUCGGAAGAGAGAAUGAUUCAGUCAAGUCUCUUUACUUUCCAGGAGAUAGUGUCCUAUUUGCAGGGAAUGAGCAGCAUUGGCUCGGAGCUGUCUAGCAAGUGCUCUCUACUUUCAGCAGAGAAAGUGUCACUUCAGUCAUAUUUAGAGGGAAUUUCAUGAUCGACCAAGUACUUAAAAGCCUUAUCUCUUCAAUUGCAUAGUAUGAAAGGCUAAUUAGCAUAGAGAUUUCAAAUAAUGGUUUAGCCAAUUAAAGUCUUGAAAGCCUGGGUAUAAUCUUUUCUAACUGCCCCUUAAUCACUAAGAUUAAUCUAAGCAACAACCUGCUCGGUCAAGGAAACGGUCAAUAGCAUGCAUUAGAGUUGUUCUUAACUCAUCUUUUAACAGAAUUAGAUCAUCCACAGAAUCUAGACCUCUCUGACAACAAAUUCAGCGAUGAAAGCUUGAUGCCUUUCAUUAAGUUCAUAUUCGCCAAUGAGGACUGCAAACUAUAACUAUUUAAUCUUGAGAACAACAACUUCUCAUCCUUUGGAAAGAGGACAUUGCUGAAGGGCUACUCUAUGAGUUAGAACAAGCAAUAGCUAUAAUUCAAGUGCGGACCAAUGCCAUUCACAGAAGCCUCACUCAAGCAUGCUUUUAAUGUGCAGUAUGAAACCAAAGUUACCACAAGCAAGGGGAAAGAAUCUGAACCUCAAAAGGUUCUUAAGUCAAUGAAUAGGGACAAUCUAGAAAUGAGAAUAGUCAGAAAGCCAAAUUACGGAGGCAUGUACUUACGAGGCCUCCCAAUAAGCAAGCCAGACAGAGAUAAAUUAUAUCAAAUAUUUGGAAAGAUAGAAACUACUGUCUAGCUUAGACACAACGUAUUCAUUGAGGACAUUAGAGAUCUGUUACAAGAAAUUUCACAGCUGACAUUCGAGUUCCCUAGACACAAGCUGGAGGCACUGUUUGAUGUAGUGAAUGAAAAGCUCUUUCAAAGUAUGGAAUGCGAAAACAUCUACUGCCUAGAAGUGCUCUUAGAUUGUCUCAGAUUCAUGAAUGCCAGGAAUAUUAAAGCUGAGGAGAAGUAUCAAGAACUCUCAAUAAUUGCUGCUAGCGUUGCUAAAGAUUUGCUUAAGGUUUUAAAUAUGGAGUUGCUAGAUGAUAAUGAACUAAACACAAUGCUUGACAAUUCGCUUAAUGAAGCCAAGAGAAUCGGAAUGCGAGGAGAGAUAAUAGACGUAGCAAUCACUUUGAAAAUGCUUCGCAACAACUUCCUAACUGAAAUGCAAAAUAAAAGUGCGAAUUCUGAUGAUGAAGGGCAAGGAGUGGGCGAGGAUCAGCAAUAGUUGGAGUACUAUGAUGAGGAUAAGACUAUGAAUGUAUACGAUGAGAAGUAUGAUUAGUAUGUGGAGCUAAGUGCAGAGGAACUUGGACUGACUUCAGAAGUUGAGCCUAAUCUUGGUUUUCAUCCAUUUACCAGCGACUACCUCAAAAUAAGCAAUCUGAAUCUAAACUAUGUCAAGAAGAAUCUGAAGGAAGCGUAGAAGUUCUUAAGAGACGAAGAAUCAUAUGCCUAUAGAAAUAUAUUUGAUAGAUGCUACUUUUUGCUUUGCGACUGCACAGAGGAUAACACUUAGUCCUCUAAAGCCUACAAUCUAGCUAAAAAUGAUUAGAACUUGAAACUGGCAAGAAUUAUAUUCAGAUACAGGAAUAGUUUGGAUAAUUUGUUUACAUCUAAGCCUGAGCCUUAUCCAUCACAAUUAGUCAUAAGGUAGCAAGAUGGACAACAAGAAGGGAGACGCAGAAGCACAUUAGUGUCUUAGCAGCCAAACAUUAAGGCUGAGGAGAACAAGAUUCAUUAAUACAAAUACCUGUUGAACAAGGACUACCUGGAGUUUAAUGGAACCAAACUAACCCAUCCAGUGACCAAGAUAGAUAAGAAUAAGGCUCCCUAGGCCGUGGCUUUCAAUAGGAACAUAUAUUCUAUCUGUGAAACAGAUGACUUUACCAAGAACACCCUGUAUGCUAAGAUAUAGGAGUUGUUUGAAGAGUUUGUUGUUAAAAAGAGCAAAAUCAUUAAUGAAGACUUGACUGAUGAGUUCUUCAUGCAGAUUUACAGAUAGAUCAACAGAAAAAAUCAGACUUAGAGCGAGAAAUCAGCAAAAGCCAUUUCUAAUGCUCUGUUCAUUCUAGCUAUAUUCUCAAGGUAUGCUUCUCCGAGCAAGGAUUUGUUCGAAGCCUACGAAAUCUGGCUUAAUUAACUCAGAGAUAAAAGUGGGACAGAGUUCUUCAGAUUGAUAUCAAUAGUGAUCAACAACUUCAACAUAAUGAAACAAAUCGAUUAGAAUACCAAGCCGUAUGUGUACUGGCCACCUUGCUUUGCUGAAAUCGAAUCAGUCAUCACUGGAGAGCCAAUCUACAUUUAAAUCUACACUCCAGUUGGGGAUGUGUAUCAGUACAGUGUAGAUGAGACAACGACGGUUGAGACUCUGCUGACUUAGAAUAUUUGGAAGGAGAAGUUCUUUGCCAAGGAGCCUGACUGCGAGUUCUACUGGCUGUACUAGCAUGUGGAAAAGUCUGACCAGUUUGAUCAGCCAUUGUCCAAGGAUAAGAAGAUACUCAAACUAAUGUAUAAAAAUGAGAAGACGCAGGGUCUGCUUCAGAGGACCUCAGGGUAUAAGGACAAUUUUGAUAAUUCAUCUAAUUCACCAGUCAGAAAAUACUCUUUUAUCAAAAAAAAGUCGACUAAAUUCAUGAGAAAACAGACAAUAGUGUCUACAAUGGAUACACUUUAGGAAAAUGAGUAUCAAAGUACUAUCUUACUCAUGCGAAAGCGUCUGUUCUCAGCUCUACACUUAGAUAAAAAUGUGAAAACUCUGGCUAAGAAGCCACUUAACUUCCUUUACCAUUAAGUGCGAAUGGACUAUAUAGAAAAGAACAUCUUGCGAAGACUGAGUAACUACGAGGACGUGAGUCUGUUUGCUGCGCUCAUUUUGAAAGUAAAGUAUUGGGGCAAGAUUCUAAGAUCAAAGGACAACUCGCUUACAAAGGAAUUGAUCAUCAAGAAUAUUGACUAUGCUCUUCCUCAGACGUUUAUGCGAGAAAAGCCUCAGGAGUACUGGGUUUAGAAGAUUCAAAAGGACUUCGACAGACACAGUCUUCGAGAACUGUCGAUAGAAGAGGCCUAGGAGAGAUUUCUGAAUCAUUUUGCGCAUUAUCACCUUGCCUACUCUAGCUACUAUGUCAUGACAGCGCAGUCGCUUAAAGAUUUGACAGACCUAAACAUGCUCAAGCAGUUUGAGUUAGACGAUGGGGAUGAUAUGAUGAGCAAUGGCAGUAGAAGUAACAGGGACACGUUUUUGCAGCAGCAUAUGAAUCAUGAUCUGCUCUGUGUAAUAAACUUCAACGGUAUCAGCUUCUAUGAGAAUCUGAAGCGAGAUAAAGUCAUUUAAAGAAUCCAAUUCGAUGAAAUACUCUAUGUAAUGGGCUCAAGCGAUACAAUCAAGGUUGGAUUCAUUAACAAAAUGCAGGUCAAGAACUAAGAUGUGAAGGUUGAUCUGUUUACUACGAAUGGAUUGAAUGCAAGAAUAGUGGCAGAGGACAUUAUUGCCUACUGUCAACUCAGAUUGGCUGAGUGCUCAAGGAAUGAGUUCAUUGAGAUUGUAAAGCGAAACAUCAUAAACAUAUUCGAAGAUAUGGAGGAUCCCUUCGCCAACCCUGAUGACGACAACUUUAGUCCAAACAGGUCAAACAACACAUUCAGGAAAUCGUCGAACAUUGGCUAAGUUAGAAAGAGCAACAUUGGAGCAUUUGAUUUCCUCGGAGAAGGGGAUAUGUCUCAAGCCUCACCAGGUAAAGAGUACGAAAAUUACCAAAAUUCAGCAAAACAGAUUCAGCUCAAAAUAUAGCAAUAGAGAGGUCAUUAAUUCAGAUUGAAGGAAAAACUAUUGAUAUACUUGAAAAAGUACCCUUUAUACAUGCAAAAGCAGUUGGCUACAGAUAAAGGCUCAGAGUCUUAAAAAAAUUUGCCUCCUCUUCGGAGUAGUUCUAUUGUUGGGCCUGCUGGAGGUGCAGCUGGUACUUCUUUCAAUACAAAGGAUCGAUCUAGUAUCUUUAAAAUGCAGCUAUCCACUUAGAGAAUUGAAGAAGACAAGGAAGAAGAUGAAGAUGACUCUGCUAGCAUCAAAGAUUACUACACUGCAGAUGAUGUCUCGAAUGCCUACAACACAAACAACUCUGUCCUCAUUAAGUAGGCAGAUAAAAAGGUACACUCAAACAAAAGUGACUAUGACAAGUACCCUAAAACAUCCCCAGGUGGUCUUUCAAAUAAGUCUGCUGUUACUCAGGGAAAAUCAAUAAAUAAUUCGUAGAUCUCAGACAACUCUUCCAGCAAUAAAGGCAGGCAAUAGCCGCAGAGCGCUGGUAGUGUAAACUCUCAGAAUACUAAUGACGAUGCGAGUAGCAAGAAGAAAUCUCAGGCUGAUGGAGACUUUAAUCCAACAUAGCAAGCAGUUAUUAAUGAGUUAUUCAAGGCAUAGAAAGGUGAUGUGAGUCCAGAGGUAUCAGAAUUCUAGAAAAAGCUUUCACAAUCUAAAUUCGGGUCAUUGACGUAGUUAGUAGAUGAAUCAAGUUAGCAGCAAGAUGAGAAAGUUGAUGGAGAAGCUAUGGUUCUUGGCUAAAAGGUAAACUACAAUGAGAUGGAUAAGACCCAGAAAAAGGAGAAUCUUAACAACAUACUUUCAGCAGUUUUUAGUAUAUUACCCCCACCUCCACCUCCUCCUAAAUGA